CUUCUUCUCCAGCAUGGGGGCCAAGCCCAGCAAGGGCGGCUGCCCGGCCAGCCCCGCGGCCACCGCCGCCCGCCGGAGGAUGCCCAGCGGUGGCCAGGAGCGCGGCGGCGGCGGAGACUUCCUGGCGUCGCUCGUGGCGCGCUCGGGCGAGAAGUUGGGCAGGGCGGCCGGCGGCAGCCUGCCGCCCCCCUACCACCGGCGCGUGGGCAUGGUCCAGGACCUGCUGGGCAUGGUCCGGCAGGGCAAGCAGGAGGAAGCCACCGACCUGCUCCGGCACCUGCGCCAGGACCUAGGGAUGGAGUCCACCUCGCUGGACGACGUCCUUUAUCGCUACGCCAGCUUCAGGAACCUGGUAGACCCCAUCACCCACGACCUGAUCAUCAGCCUUGCCCGAUACAUCCACUGCCCCAAAACGGAGGGUGAUUCCCUGGGGGCCAUGGAGAAACUCUGCCGGCAGCUGACCUACCACCUGAGCCCGCACUCCCAGUGGCGACGGCAGGGCAUCGUGAAGAGGAAGCCUCAGGCCUGCCUGAAAGCCGUUCUGGUGGGGAAUCCUCGGGACAACACCAUGGACCUGUCCGGCAUCCCUCUGACCUUGAAGGAACUGGACCGGGUAAUCUCCUACCUGCAUCACAGCGCGGAGAAGAUCGAGGUGGUGGAGCUGCGCUUCACCGAGUUGACGGACGAGAUGUUCCUGCAGCUCUUGCCCGUCCUGGGGGGCCUCCCUCGGCUCACCACCCUCUCCCUCAAUGGCAACCGACUCACCAAGGCCAUCCUCCGAGACCUGACAGAGGCCCUCAAAGACUGCAGGAAGUUCCCCAGCAUGAACUGGAUUGACCUGGGCAACAAUGUGGACAUCUUCUCGCUGCCCCAGCCUUUCCUGGUCAGCCUGAAGAAGCGCUCUCCCAAGCAGGGCAAUCUGCCCACCAUCCUGGAGUUCGGUGAGGGGCAGGGGGCCGACUUGGAGGGCCCGUGUUCGGGGGAGGAGGAUGGAGAUGUUGGCGCCUUGGUUGACGGUGAGUCCAGAGAGGUACGGCCCAGAGAAGGCACUGAGGUUCGACAGCCGCCCGCCGAAACAACAGCCCAACAGCCCGGCGUGCAUCAGACAUGAAGUUUGAUCGAGGAGAGGUCUAUGGAUUCAGCGGUGGUAGGGAAGGCUCUUGAUGAGGCUCGGCUGAUGCCGAUGGCGUUGCUCGUGUCAGAACGAAGUCACGGAUGGAAUGCCGUCCGUUUCUUCUCUUGCAGGACCAAGGAAGUGGACCCCAUUUGCGACGGAAGCAUUAACAGUGUGCUGCUCCUCUCUAAAUCUUUUAACUUCUGGGAUUUUGCAAGCUAACGUGGCGGAGGAGAUGCUGGGUUGAUUCCAGAAAAGGAGAGAGUGGUUGAAGCAACCACUUCUGGUCUAGGAAUGGGCAAGCUUCCCAGUGACACAAGGCGCUUCGUCAGAAAGAAUGGGGCAUUUCUGUAUUAGUUUUGGAGCCAGUUCUCCGCUCUAGAAAGAGAGAUGCUUUAAAACAAAACAAAACUUCCCAGAUGAGUAACAGUUUGAGACUUAUUGGGAAAGGAUUUCCAUAUUUGGAUCAAAGUAAGAAGGUGGGGGGGGAGAGGAGUAGACCCAUCCCAGGCCCACAGAACUUAGCAAGAUAACUAGUUUUAAAAAUGUGAUCACGGUUAGGGCAGGAGCGGACCGAGCAGGUGUGACCCCAAAGGGCUGAGAGGUGAUCACCCUCCGAAAUCCAGCCCCAUUCCAAAAAGAGCUGCCCCCUAGAGGAAAGGAACACACACCAUUCGCCAGCACCGAAAGAAGUGGGUGGGUUUUCCUUCCUCCUCUGCCCCCCCAUCCAAAUGCUGCACUAUAACCGGUUUUGGAAGCUUCAGUACAGCCCAGGAGAUCCGUAAGUAAACUGUUAGUCCACCCCAGCUGGUAGGGGCAGCCAGAGGUUGUGGGGGGAAGCAGGCAACAGGGACCCUGCUGUGGUCUUGGAUUUUGGCCCCUUUUACCCAGCAGUUAUGCCCAACAAAAGUCGCCCAUGAGCCUGCUGGGGUGGGUGGGACUGCCAGGGGUGGGGGGGAGAUGGUGACGGAUGCUCCUUGCGAUUUUUGACAAGGUGGAAAAGAGGCGAUCUGCCCGGCAGAACGUUCAGCUUUCCGCGUGCUCUCAGGCUUGUGACUGUUCUAGCCUACAUCGGCCAAAUCUGCAGUGGCGUUUUCAUGCUUUUAAAAAGUGUUUUAAAGCACGUGAAUGUCUGUGAAGUGGUCGUUGGAGGAGUGGGGAUGGAAGUGGUCAGGCAUGCCCUCCCAAGGUGUCUCCAUGGAGGGAGGACAUCCAUUCGUUCACGUGUCGUCUAAGGCUAACCCUUUCCUCUGUGCAAAAAUGACUGCAGUUAUACCCCAGUCGUUUGGCUGCCACACUGACCAGCAACGACACACCCUCACUAAAGGUUUACACAGUUACAGGCCUGUGGGAAUGAAGGUGAGAGCUCAGGGAUGGCCAGCCCUUGUCUCUCUAGCUGUGGCUGGACUACAACUCCCAUCACCCCCUGCCACGCUGCAUUGUGGCAGGGGAUGAUGGGAGUUGUAGUCCAGCCACAACUAGGGUGACUCGAGCUGGCCGUCUCUGUUGUAGCUGGCGGCAGCCAUUUCAGCCGCCGCGGUGGUGAUUAAUCUGCCCAGCUGAUGCUUUCAGUGACGUUGGAUUUCCCAACACUGACAGAGAGAAGAGACCAGUCUAAGAAAUGUGAACGGCGGUCUCUGUUCUUGCGAGCCUCCUUCAAGUUGGGGGAAAGAAGGACGCCACCGCCAACCUCUUCUUGCAUUCUUUGAUCUGUGCAGGGCAAAAGUGGGCGCUUCUGUUGUGUGUUUUUGUGAUUGUGAGUCUGUGAGGACCCGGUCAGUAACCCGUCUGUUCUUUGUGUGCGUCCCGUGCUGUUUUUGGUAACCAAAAGUGCUUUCCCCCUCUGAAACCUUCCGGAGGAGCAGCUCUUUCUGCAUCCCUGAUGGAAAUUCAUUUAUGACAUGGGGUGGGGGUCUUGAGCCCCAAGUGCCAGCAGCCACGAGAAACCGAGGCAGCAGGGGCAGACGGGGUUUUCUCUAAAAGAGGGCCACGGCCUUUAAAGUGUCACUCUGCGUGGAAGAGCUGGCACAAUCACCAGCCCCUGGGCUGGCGUUGGCGCCCUCUCCCACAGCACCAGUCUGCCCCCUGCCGGAAUCGGCUGCUUCCAAUUUUUCCAUGACCCACAUGUAGCUGAACCAGUUUUUAUAUGCGUUAUCAAGCAGGCAUAACAAUAAAGUCUCUCCUUUGAAAUACA